AUGAAAUUCAUAGCCACCACUAUCGUAUUGAAUUGUGCUUUCUUCAAGGCUAUAUCGGCCCUCCCUACCGGCCCAUUGAUGUUUCGCCAAGAUACGUGUCCCCUCAAUGUCCUUAGCUGCUCUAUUGGAUCCCCACGCGCAAAUACGUGUUGCGUGCCCAAAUACGGUCUAGUCGUUUUGGCCCAACAAUGGCAUCCAGAACUGGGACCUAUGAACGAGUUCACUUUGCAUGGUCUCUGGCCUGAUCAAUGCGGCGGCUCUAUGGUGUCUUUUUGCGAUCGCAAACCUGACCGCGAUCAUGACCGCCAGCUCACAGAUGUGGAAAGCAGGCUCGAGCAGACCGACAUCUACGACGAUAUGAAGAAGUACUGGCCAUCAUACCUCCCCACACCGGAACAUCCCAACAACAACAAGUUCUGGUAUAAGGAGUGGAACAAGCAUGGAACUUGCAUCACGACUCUGGAGCCUAGAUGCGGUUACAACGAUGACCGAGAUCUGUAUGCAUACUUCAACACGACCCUGGCUCUCCGUAAAGAAUACAACAUUUACAACGCAUUAGAGAAGGCCGAUAUCACACCCAAACCAAGCUUCGGCAUGGAUCCCACAGAGGAGGACAUGUACUCUGUUGAUGCUAUACUCGCUGCUAUUGAGGAUGAAUGGCAUGUUAAGGGUUCCGUUUAUUGCAAAGAAGGACUGCCACUGGAGGUAAACGUUGCACAUAUUUUUGGAACAAUCGGAUGCAUUGACAUUGUUCAGAAAACUGACAGUCCCAACUUGAACCUUCCUGAUCGUGCAAAAUAG